AUGAUAUUGCCCGAACACUUGUGUUCGCCGACGUGGGUAUUAAACUUUCAGAAGGGUAACAGUUUCGAAUGCGCGACGCUUUUGGUAAGCUUACUGCUGGGACAGGGUUACAAUGCAUUCGUGGUGAGUGGAUAUGCAUCGCGCGAGCAAGUGCUCUGUGACAUGACCAGAAGAACUUGCCCGUAUUUGCCGAAAAUUGAGCAAGUAUCACCACCGGUAGAAAAACCUAAAAUCGUCAAGUAUCAGUUAAAGCCACCGCCUGAUUUCAGGAGUCAAUUUCUCUUAGAGUUGGAAGCUCGCGAGAAAGCAAAAGCGGAGGCAGAAUUACAACGACAAGAAGAAGAGCGUCAGAGGAUGAUCACGGAAUUCGAGCGUCCGCAGCCUGAUAAAUAUUUCGGUCAACGAAUACAUGCGUGGGUGGUUAUUUUACCAAACGAUAAAGAUGUGAGAAAUCAAGAAAUUAUUGAACCGAUCUUCCUUGAACCUUCUUCCGGAAUGUUUUACAACCCAGCCGAUAAAGAAACUAAUUUGUUGUAUCUGGGAGUGGAGAGUAUUUGGAAUGAUCAAAAUUACUGGGUGAAUAUGCAGCCUCGCGAAAACGGUUGCGCGGAAAUUAACUGGGAUUUGAGCAAAAUCGAAUUCUGGGAGCAUUUGCUUCCUGGUGAACCGCGAAUCGUGCGAAAAGACACGGACGAAAUCGAGGAAGACGUUGCCAUGAAGCAAGAAAAGCAUUUGGACAUGCCGGCUUCGUACGUGAGUGAAAUCCGAAUUCACAGUUUAGAUUUUGAAAGACGUUAUCCACGAGGUAGUAAAACAAUACUUUACAAAAAGUCCAAAGUAAAAUUAUAUGCGCCGUUCUCUGAAACCAACAGUUUGAUUCAAAGAAUAACUGUUUAUGAAGAUUACGAAUAUACUACUCCUGUCGAAAGUUACGAAAAAUAUUUGAAUAGAGUUGACUGUCUUACGGAAUCCAAUAAAAACUUCACUACCGGUAUCGUCACGGAUUUCUUUGAAAAGGGCCGACCGGAUCAUUGUAAAGCACAUCGUUAUCUUGCAUCCGACAGUGAUUCAAUAAAUGACGAAAGAACAAUAGAGUUUUAUGAUAGCCUGCAAUUUGAUGGACUCUCGCGAAUCGAGAUGGGUCCGCUUUAUUUGACUCAACAUUACGUGGACCGUGAAGAUUUUGUGUAUUACAGACAUGCUGAAUUUUUGGUGGAAGACCACACGACGGUGGACGAUAUUCAUUCUCGACACAUCUCGAAAAUCAUUGAGAAGUAUCAUAGAAACGAGGACAUUCCGGCUUCCAAAGACAUGGCUGAACGCGAGUUCGCGGUGAUCGGAAAAGAAAUCUGCAUUAAAUUUCAUUACGAACAAAAUCGGAUUACCCAGGCUACUCGUACAUUUAUAAAACCGUCGAUAGGAGACAGGGAAGAUCGUUUAGUUUUCAAUCCCAUGAUGACCCACGGAUAUAACCCCGAUCCAAACGCACUGCCAGAGAAAAACCUCGAUCUCUUUUACGCACUCGAUAAACAUCUGAAGGACGAAGAUCGCUCCAUACUCCAAAUCAGAGAUGCUGAAGAAGAUAUCGCGGCGUUCCUGCGAAGAAGAGCCGAUGAAAAUUUAAAUCCGCAGCUCACAGUUUCGUUAUUCGACAAAAAUCGAAUAGCCGAAACAAUUGAAUUAGACACGGAAGGAAUAAGGCAACCGAGUCAACGCGAAGAUAUUAUGCAAGAGAUAAACGAUUUGGGACCGUACCUCGCCCGAAUAGGCAAUCCGGCACACAUCAGUAAAACGGAAGCAUAUCUGCUGCGCGACGAUUGUUUGAGCGACUUCAAGCAGACGUCCAUUGACAAAGCGAAUCGUAUUUUACAUAUGAUUGAAAAGCAAGCCACGGAACUAGAGAAGAUGCAAGCCCUUCUAACGCAGACUGUGGAUUUAUCGAAAACGAAGAAGGAAGAGAUGUUAGCCAAGAUAAACGAAAUAAGCUUCAAUAUGCAUGUACUGGAAACGUAUCUCAAUUGGCACAGAGGUGUAGUGCCGCAGAGAUACAGGGUAUUGGUAGAUCGUUUACGGCGAAAUCCGCAUCUUCAAGUACUUCAGAAACAUUGAAACAUCAUAUUAAAAAAUAUGUAUACAUAUAAGUAU